UCUGAGUUUCCUGAGAGGCGAGAUUACGUCAUCUGGGAAGACUCUGGUUUUCAGCUCGGGAUCAGCCUUCUAGUAACUCGGGGGAAGUUCUUCCUCCACUAAAAACACAUUUUGAAAACUUUUACGAAAGCUUUUGUUAAACAUUCCUCGGCUCGUUUUUGUUGUUUGUUUUGUUAAAUCACAGCUAAACGAUGUCGUUUGUCCCCGGUCAACCAGUGACUGCAGUUGUGCAAAGAGUUGAAAUCCAGAAGCUGUGCCAAGGAGAAAACCUGAUUCUGGGCUUCAGCAUCGGAGGCGGUAUCGACCAGGACCCCGGGCAGAACCCCUUCUCUGAGGACAAGUCAGAUAAGGGAAUCUAUGUGACCAGGAUAACUCCAGGAGGACCAGCAGAAAGUGCAGGGUUGAAGAUGGGAGACAAAAUCAUGCAGGUGAACGGCUGGGAUAUGACCAUGGUGACUCACGACCAGGCUCGUAAAAAACUGACAAAGAAGAGGGAAGAUGUGGUGAGGCUACUGAUAACCAGGAAGUCCCUGGAAGAAGCGGUUAAACAUUCAAAGGGGAGCCAUCCCAGCCAUCUGCCUGCACAGACUAAUGCGAGGACAACAAAAGACAGAGUAGUUUUAUAAACGCUACAAACAUCUCCAAAUGCAGCUGCCCUGUGGCCUGUAAUGCUACAUCAAUGCAAAGAAAACAGAUUCAAGUCCAUCCAUUUAACAUUUGGUGACUUAUUGAGUUAUCUGAGGCUUGAGUCUAAUCCCAAUUACAAUAAAUUUAUCAGCUUUCCCUUUAAGGCCUGUUUCUACUGCUAGAUAGAUGGAUAGAUAGAAACUUUAUUCAUCCCUUUGGGAUUUACCCUCAGGGAAAUUGUAGUUCAGUCUCCCACAGCACCAAUACAUCAAAUACUUAAACAAUUUAUUAUUUUUUUUUUAUACUUAUUAUAGCUCAGUAAGAAAUGAAAUCACCUGAACAGUGAAGUGAGUUAGAUCUUCACACUACAGCACACAAAUAUAAUACCAGGUAACUUUUGACCACUGGCAGAACAAAUACAAAGGCUUGGAAAGCAGAAAUGUUGAUUGUGUGAAUGAGUGUUGAACAAAAUGAUUCCUUCAUUCUGAUUUAGCUGAUAUUUGUUAAAUUAAUCUUGUUAGCAUUUAGAUACCGGGUACUAUAACUAAAUCAUAUUGAUCACACUAACCAAGCAGCUUUCCUCUUAUCUAAAGCAAAGAACCAAUAUUCUGCUAUCCAGAAUAAACGCCAAAGUUAAAGCCAAAAUGCAGGGUUAGUGAUUUUUUUUUUCUUUCUAAAAAAAGACAGAAAAAUGGGAUAGAGUAUGCUGUGUCAGUAUCAUAGUUUAUUAUUAUUUACUGGUCAUUUUCUUGCUUUGAGUCGAUCAACUUUCUAGAUCUGAUUAAUGUGACUGAAAAUCUAUAACAAGUUGUUUACACAAACACCAUUUUUUAAUACAUUUUAUAUUUAUUUGGAUGGCACCAGUCACUGUUUUUCAAUAAUUCUUUGUAUACAUUUUAAGCCCCUUGACAUUUAUCAGGUUCAGAAUUGAGAAUCAUGUCAUAUUUUUAUUCAUUAGAAGCUAGACAGGAAAAAGUGCAGCUAGAGAAGGAGAACACAUGCAUCGGGAAUCAAACCGGGGACUGUAGUCUCUAAGACUGAAAUAUGUGUUUUAUUAGAAAUAUUUCCCACUAAAACUGGCUUUGUACAGAUGAAAUCAAAUCAAGAAAUGUUUUGAGAUACAAAAACAAGUUCAAAUAUAUUAAAUCAACACCUAAAACAAUAAA